GCACUCCUAAGUAUUCUCUCCGGUCCGUGUGGUUAGUACUCAGCCAGCGCUCGUGACGUUGUGUACCAAGUUUACAAGCAGCCGCUCCUCUCGCCUAUCAGAUACGGAUAAAGCUGGUGGAGAAAGAAAGAAAAAAAAAGAAAACAAAAUUAAUCUCCUCGAGCAGCAUGCCACCUACGGAUGUGCUCGUUCUAGAAUCUAGAUGGUCCUUACCGCUGAAGACUUGAAACAAUGGGGCGUGUGCAUAAAGUGUUCUACUGUAUUCUCUUCGUGUACCAGUUUAUCUUGGUCUAAUGAAUAAAGUAUCGUUACUGACGACUUUGUGAUUGUGUAAUUCUGUGAUGCAUUCACAUUCAAGUACAUAAAGCUUUAACUAAUAUAAUAUUUACAGAAAGAGCAUAGUAUCCAGCAAGGAACAAUGUUUAGUUUUCGUGAGUUGGUGGAAUCAAUGGAAAAAAAGACAUAUGAAAAUAUUGCACCAAUUUCGUGUCCUACACGGUUACCAUUAUCAUGCUCUUUUCAUGAUGCUCUCAUAGAUUGUGAAGAAAGAACUAAAGAGCAGACGUCAGAACCUACAGCAGAAACUAGCAAUGAACAGACAGAUGGACUUGGAAGGCACGAGGGAUUUUUCGAAUGCAGUGAAUCACAAAAAGAGCUGGAACAUCGUGAAGCAACAUUCUGGGAGAAAGUUGUACACCCGAGCAGGGAAGAACAGACAGAGUGCACUGAAAAGGUAGACACUGAAGCAUUAUGGAAAGUUAAAAAAGAGACCAACCUACGUCUAAUCUUCAAGCAUGGUAAUGUGACGAUGAAACCUGAAAAUUAUUCAGUCAAUGAUUUGUUUGAUAUAGUCAAAAGAAAUGAUUUCACUUUGCCUCUACUUAAUCCGGUGCAUAUAGACGCUUCGACCACAUCUUUGCAGUCUGAACAUCACAUCACUCUAGAUUCUAAAGGUAAACUUAAACCCAAUACUGGUGAAGAGCUACCAAUUCCAGCCUCCCGACGAUUGAAUGAAGACACAAAUAUCCAGGUUGAUAAAAGCAAUCAACUCAAAACCAACAGAAAAACGAUUGGACGUAUUCCUACCAUACAUAAGAUUAGAGAUCGUGUAUGUCGAUCAGUAAAGCAAAAACAUUCACAUAAUAUUUCAGAAAAAGAAAUGAGUAUAGAUGAAGAAGUUAGCAUCAGUUCAAUAGUUGUGCGGAAACAAGAGAGUGAAAACAAAGUUGAAAAUUGUAUUCCCAGGGAUUUACUUUCACAUGAAAGACAAUGUGCUGAAAUAUGUCACCAUGAAACAUCUGUAAAAGAAACGUUGAUUUCAAAUGACAAACCUGAAAGACUCAAAGCAGCAGCGCAAGGCUCCUGGAGCAGCGACUUGCAUUACCAUACAACAGAUUGUUGGAAAAAUACCACCACUGCCACCACGCCACUGCUCAACAACAACCAAAACGGUUACUCUGAGCAUCAUAGAAACACAUCAAGUAAACGUCUUCCUAUAAAUGAAGAAUAUGAAUGGGCAGCACUCCGUCUUCAAGAAUAUGAAGAAGUAAAGACUGUUGAAAACUUUAGAAGUGCGUCCAAACAUGACGCAAAGGAUUCAGAUAGGAUAAAGGAAGUUUCACGUGCCUCACAAUUAGUGUUCCACGAUCCCAAAUCAGGAAUACCGGAAAAUAUCGCCAAGAAUAUAACAACGCAUUUUGCACAGAAAUCCCGAGAAAAGUUAAGUAAUUUGAGAAAUAAGAAAGAUUCAAAGGAAAUAAAUAUUGAACUCGUUAAAGACUUGCAAAAUCACAACAUGCAUGAAAGAAAAAGAUAUAGAAGAAGAGAUCCGCAAAGUCUCGCACCUGCAGGGUACAGCAAGGGAGACAACGAUGGCCCUCGAGCGUCCUCACCUUUACCUGUAGGAUUCAGAUGCCAAUUGUGCUCGUCCUGGUGGAGAGACGAGACUUCACUGGCGAAGCACCAACGCUUGCAUGCUCCUGGCCGCCCAUUUGCCUGUCCGGACUGUCCUUCGCGCUUCAAUCAGCUGGUGCAUCUACAAAUACACCGCCGUACGCACACUGGUGACAAACCCUUUCGAUGUGGCACAUGCAGCGCCUCCUUCAGCAGGAAAGACAGGCUUAGAUCUCAUGAGCGAAAGCACAGCGGUGAGCAGCCCUACACAUGCCCGUAUUGUCCUGCCUCUUUCCGCGAUGCCGGCAGCCUGCGGGGCCACGUGCUCACACACGCCCACCAACCGCCAUAUACCUGCCGCCUCUGCAGCGCCACCUUCGCCCACCUCUCUACCUUUACUUCCCACUGGCGCUUACACAAAUAAGAACCAAAGAAUUACAUGUCUAUAAAUGAGGAAAUAAUUAUCUCUCUCUCUCAAGUUAAUCUUAAUAAUGGGUUGUCUAUUUGUCCUUGCACCAUUGAUAUUUUUCUCUUUUAAUGAUAAACAUAUUGAAGUGCAGAAUGCCAUCAGGUCUACACAUUGGAGUCACUGAAUAAAACAUAUCUAUCUGUGUAAUAGUAGUAGUAGUAGUGGUGGUGGUAGUAGUAGUAGUAGUAGUAGUAGUAGUAGUAGUAGUAGUAGUGGUAAGUAGUAGAAGUCUAUCUACUUUUACUGAUGUUCAAUCCCAAUAACUGUAACUAUCUAAACAUUAAUCGUUCUUUCUUGUAAAAUAAAUAGUCUCCAGAAUGAUGGAGCAAGAAGAGGAAGCAUUAUGAUAGAUAUGAUAGAUAAAAUGCUGGUGUUUUGUCUUAUCACACCAUUCCAUAUAGUCACUGCCUGCCAAUAAUCUUAAUUUUCCAAACUACUGUUCUUUUUCCUAUUGUUAGUUACUAGCAAUGAAGUGUCCCAGUGCAUAAUUUCUGUGCUAGACCUAAGAUUUUAGUAAAUACAUAAAGCAAUGAGUAUGAUUCUACUGACCUUAUUCUAUUGUUACAUCUUUUUCUUUCAAUUGUUGCUCUCUAUGUAUUCAUACAAUUCCUUCCCCAUACUCCUUACACAUAGUAUUCCCACACAUUUCUUUUCAUAAUUACUUAAGUUUCAUACAUAACAUACUGUAUAUUUUAUAAAGCAUCAUUAAACCAAAAAGAACCUGUUAAUAACUUUAUUACAUAAAAAUACAAUAAAGAAAAAGCUUAACCAAUUUCUAUAUAUGUAUAUUCAUAAAUAUCCCAUAAUAUUUCAACAAAAUAAUUUGCAAUUUAGCAUUGCAUGUCUUUUUAACAAAGUGACUUAACACUUCCUACUCAUCAUAUCUGUUGACACAAGAAAGAAACUAUUAAUUUUUUUAUCAUGAAAGCAUUCAAAGAAUCGUAUAUGUAUUAGACUUCAAUCAAACAUGAAGUAUUAAUAACUUGGAACAAGGUGAAGUACAACAUACCAAAGCAAGAGUAAAUUAUGAAUUCAUUUAGAGGUAAAAAAGGUUGACCUUGCGAGGCAGGGAUAUAGUAUUUAGUAAAAUGAGAAUGUCUUUGAAGUAGGUAAACUCUGCAAUUUUAAACUAUAAGACUGAGUGGCUCAUGACAAGGAGCAUCUUGAUAUCACUUUAUUUUCCACUAAGUAAUGUUUUAUUCUUUAAAAAAUGCCCUCAACUGCUGGCCAUAUACCAUCACUGACUAUGAGAAAAUUCACAGCAGUUCUCCUUUGUAUAAGUGAUUAUGAUGACAGAGAGUAGUUAAUAAAAAUAUACCACUCAAAGGCCUUAAGCUUCAAUGACAAGUUAUUUCUCAUUUACUGCAAACUACCUAUUCUUCUAUUAUUCAGUUUAAAAAUAGUAAAAUUCAUAACCAAAGUGGUUACAAAAAAGCAGUUUCAAGAAAAGUCUAUGACUGAAGACUGCAAGAACCUUUCUCUCUAAAAUCUUAGUAAGAUUUCCAAAGAUCUACCUAUCCUUUACUCAGCACUUGGCUUUUGUCUUUGAUUUCCAAAACUACAGUAGUCAUUUAAUAGUUAACAGAAAAUACUUACUAAAUAAAGUGCAACCAUUCUGCUUGUUAAUGAUGUUGAUCCAUGAGCUUUUAUAUGUACAACUUAAGCUUUACUGACAAUUUUCCAAAUCUGCACAAGAGACCUAGUGCAAUAUAUCACAUGUUUAUUAAAACUAAGUAUGUAUCACAAAACUAUAGGGCAUGUAUAUAUUACUUCUUUGUUUCCCUGCAAUAAUUAUGUCUUACAAAGUUUCUAAUGACCUACAGUACUCUUAGUCAGCACUACAGCACAAUGGAUUUGAAACCAUUGGUUAUGAGAAUACUAACCAAGAUUAAUUUAACUUUUUUUAUAUGAUUACUUUGUUUAUAAGUAAUUUUUGCAAUAUUAAGUGUUAUGUAAAAAGUGAUACACACUUGCAUGGUGAGGGCCACACAGUUACGACUAAUUUUCAAUCAACAAACAUGUUUCAGUUAUGCAAUAUGGAAAUGAUAUAAUGAAACGAUGAAAUCUUUCAUUACGAUAACACCUCAGAAAAUUCUGAACAUGUGUUUCCAGCACAUUCCUUACAAAUGUGCCAAACUUUGUGUACUUAUGUUUGUUAGAGAGAGAGAGAGAGAGAGAGAGAGAGAGAGAGAGAGAGAGAGAGAGAGAGAGAGAGAGAGAGAGAGAGAGAGAGAGAGAGAGAGAGAGAGAGAGAGAGAGAGAGAGAGAGA